CAUUGUAGCAGAUUUUGGAAAACUAUCGGAGUCAAAUAAAUUUACGCUUUCAAUAAAAGCAAGUGCAUUGUACCCUGUAGAUUUUACAACAGAUCGGUUCGUUUCCUUCGCGCAUCAAUAUUCCGCAACCCUUGGACAUGAAGCUAGUUUCGUAUCUGGACAAUUCUGAUGGCGCCGGCUUACCCGGCUUACCCAGCCUGCCAAGCAUCCCGAAUCACACAAAUGAUUCAGACUUCUGUGUGCCGUGUCCCGCUGAGCCCACCAAAAAUUUGCAACAGUUCUAUCAGGUGCAGGAACGCCUGCAAUCCGAUCUGCUAGCCUGCGACGUGCGCUUCUCGCUCUUUGUGGCGGCUUCCACCAGCUAUAUGUACGAGUCGCUGCUGCGGCCCUUCCCCAAGGAGUUUCUCGACAGCAAUCAGCGUCCGGACAUUAAUGCGAUCUUCGAUACCAUUGCCGACGUUGAUCGACUGGAAACCAUUCUUGCCCAGCUAAUAAAUGGCAACUACAGACGCUAUCAUGUAAAAGUGAUGAAUCUCUUGCACGCUGUUCUGGUGCGACACGGCGAGCGUGUGGCAUUGAGCACACUGCGACCAUGUGAGUUCGAAGAUCUGUAUACGCAUCUGCAGAUUGGGACGCCACGCAUGGCGCCCACACAGAUCUUUGAGGUCACACCGAGUCUGAAAUGUGCACACACUAAAGAAUACACAAGUCUGCGCGAACAGUGUCCGGUCCGGAUAGGAUUUUACGGCGCCAAGCUGGAGAAGCUAUAUGCCAUGCUGACCGUAGGCUGCCUGCCCAUGGACAAGCCCUUGGUACUGGCCAGGAAUGUAGACGAAGCGCUCCAGCUCAGUCCACAAAGUCCUGGCUGGGGCGGCUCACGCUGUGGCGCCCUGCUUAGAUGCGUGGCCGUUGUGGAAUAUGUGGUGGUGCCCGCGCAUGUCUCUGUGGAUGAUGAUAAUGGACUUGUGACCAUCAGAGAGGCCAGCUGCAUGCAGAUCUCGUAUCUAAUGUUCUUUGGCCAGAAUUUUGCCAAGGUUGAGAGCCCGCUGAUGCGUCAGCCCAAGUUAGUCGUCAAUUGGAAUGACACGGUCAAGUGGAUGGAGGACAAUAAAUAUGCACUUUCGCUCGGUGUAUAUCUGAUGGUUUUAUCCCUGACCUCGUCCAGUGGACGUGGCAUCUUGCACAGAUUCGCUUGCACGGGCCUGCAUGUGCUAAGGAAAGGAUUUCUGAAAAUUUAAGCGUCCCUCUGACUGACUUCUGUCCCUCUGACUGACUAAUUGGCUAAUAUAAUCACUUUAUUGCCCUUUCCUUGCCGAGAGCAAUAAAGUGCUUAUAUGCGCCAAUAAAGUCAAGACUUCCUGAAAUUCAAACCUUCAAUCAAAAUAGCUUUAAGUAAACAAAAUUUAAAACGGAUACAAAAACGAGAAAGAACAGCUACAUUCGGCAUACCAAAUAUUAAAUACCCUGCUAGACAUAUUGGUUACGGCAAAAGAAUUGAAUAAGGAUCGAGAUUGCUUGGUGAAAGUAUCUUAAAGAUACAGAAGCGUUUCCCAUUCAAAAUCUUAUUUUUCAACGAACCUUUCUAUAUAGCUAUACGAUAUUGUGGGUUGAUGUUGAUAGGAUUCUGAAUACUAAAUUUGAUCAAGAUUUCUUGCAAAACCAGCUAUAUAAUAUAGUUACCCGAUCUGGCCUAUUCCGUAAUAUUCACAAUCUUCAAUAGCGAGGCGGACCUUUGCAAUGUUUCAUAACGAUAACAUUUAAACUGAGAGACUUGUUUGCAUAUCGUUGAGACUGAUCAGGAAUGUAUAUACAUUAUGAGUUCCGAGAUGGCUUCUAUGCGUGACACAUGCCGUUAUAGUUUUCGAAUACCGUCUGCAAGGGCAUAAAAAUGGAAAUCUAAAACACUGAAAGUGCUGAAGUCUACCGAGGGAGUUAAGAGCUGGAGUGUGGGCAAAUGUUGGCAUGAGUCACACGCAACUAGCCAUAAAUAACAACAAUUUAGCAUUACAAGUGACGCAGUAAAAAU